AUAUAUAUAAUGCGGGGCGUUAUAUCGUAGUAUAUUACUGUUUUGCGCACGCACAUAAAUUAUUGCGUAGAAUAAAUUGCCGCCCAUGUUAACGCGAAGGGAAAGAUAAUGCGAGAGUUUAUUUUAUAUAUUGAGAAAAAUGAAUGCUCGCGGGAAGAAGGAGAGAACGCAAGUUUUGCGAUCGUCCGUGUUAAAUAUUAUAUUAAAUAUUAUACGCCGAUAAUUCUUUAUACAGGAAGACAUCCAGGUUAUAUAUUAUACGUUCCGUGUAAAUAAGGCUAAUAUUCAAAUAUUUAUGAGCAGAUUAUAUGAAGAAAUUGUGUAACGAUAAUAACGAUUUUGCCAAUGAUAGCUGCGACUGUGAGCCUAAUUCUUAAACGACCUAUAUGUAUAAUCGGAACGUAAAAUUCUAAUCGAUAGAAAUUAUUGAGGAUCGCACAAAAGAAAAUACUACUCUUUGAGAUUUUUAAUUAAACUACGGAGGAAUACUCACUAUAUUUUCAUACAGGGCCGACUUAACAAUAUUUAAUAUAUCUGCGUUAACAUCUUAAGUCACAAAUCAUGGUUUCGACAAUAACGACGAGUUGCACGAGAAGGAAAGAAUGCGGCGGGUUUGCGAAAGGGGGGGUUACGGGAUUCGUGCAGGUUCGCAUAAAAUGCAACGACGCGCGGUACGCGAGUGCAAUUUCCGAAUGUAACAUUCCCAAACAAACGCUUGAAUUCUGACUUAAGCCGUUAAUCUAACCCGUGUGUUCACAAGUUACUCGCUUAUGACGAAUCUCAGCUAUAAUAUCGCGCGGCUAUUGGAGGAAGAGAGUAGCACGAGGGAAGAGAAGCAUCGACAUUCCGUCAACGUUGAAAAUAGUACUUUUCUUAAUCUCGCACUCAAGUGCCAACCUUGCAAAAAAGCAGUUGUUCGCGUCUGACAUUACGAGAGCUUUUCUAGACGUCCAACGAGUCGGAUAUAAUCACGUUCUUAUUUAUAGCGUGACGCACAAUUAUUUGUAGAUACGUAGCCAUAUAGAUGUAGAAGUUCAGGCCAGAAUGUGAAAAUAGAAAUAUGUACAUACUCCGUAAAUUUCCAGGACUAUAUGUUCCGAAGAAAGUCUAUCUUAAUGUAGAAAAACCGUACCGAUUUCCGUUCACAACCAAACAACGACGUUGCAAACGUUGACUCGAUGUACUGAAUGUAUUUAUGUAUAUCAUGUAUAAGCUAUUGCUGAAUGAUUAAAGAGCAUCGCGUAAAACCGGACCUUUUACUGCCUUUAUCGUCUAUUGUUACUUUUUCAGAGAAUAAUAAGUAUUAAUCGCUAAUCACAUUCAUAACGAUGGACGGUGAAAAAAUCGAUAUCAGACAGAAUGUUAGAAAAUAAUCGGUGGUUUUUGUGUGAAUCGUGCGCAUUUCGCGUAAAUAAGAUUAAUAUUAAUGUUUCGAGAUCCAAUUGCGCAAUAUUCAAUCGUAAUAUUCAAACGAGCUUUAUGGAAAUUAUGGGAGGAAGCGAUCGCAAACAAUAAAGGUUGCGCGAUUGUAUGCAAUUCGUGAGCGAGGCCAUGGAAAUUCCGGCUUUAAUAUUAAUUUCCUCAUUAUCAUUUCUUACAAUUUGUCAAGCGCUCAUUUCAAGUGUCGUAUUUUUAUAACGACGACGUCUGUAUGGUUCGAGGAAGUUUCAAAAGUUACCGGGAAUAUUAAUGCUCUUUCCUACGUAGACAAUAAAAUGUAACAACUUGUUAUUUAUCACCGUUUUAUUAUUAUGUUAAUUCAAUUAAGUGCGAAUUAAUUUGUGCCAACUUGAAUAUAAUUGCUCCCAUGAAAAAAUAUUACAGCAUUAGCGCUACGCAUUAAUUAAAUCGGAUUAAACAAUCGGUUCGAUAAGGGAACUGCCUCGAGGUAAUCGCACCUCUAUUAGCGAGGCAAAUUAAAGUUGCACCAUGCCAGUCGAAUUAUUUUGCCAGGUACGAUUAGCUAAACUGCAGCAGCAGGCGGGCUGCGCAACGCGGUAAAUGACAGACAAAGAAAUUGCAAAUAAGUGGGAACGAACGGUUUCUUGGCGCGCGAAAAUCCCGAAAUCCUUCGCCGUAUUUAUUCGCGUGCCAAACGCAUGAGUCAGAUAAUUCGAGUCCGGACUUAAACUCUUGAUUUGCAUAAGACUCUCUCACGGCGGUAAAACGCAUAUUGUAAUUCGAAUGUCGGAUUCUUUUUUUUUUUUUCAUUCUCUUUUCUUAAGAGAAUACAAAUUUUAAAGUAACUUUACUUUAAAGAGAUUUAAAGAGAUUUGAGAAGAUUCUAGAAGAGGUGAAGAAUGAUUCGCAAUUUUCUCAGAGAUCAGCGAGCAGGAAUGAGAAUCGAAUUUUGAGAUUCGCGAGCAAUCCUUUCUCAUGCCAUAUCUACCACUAUAAAUCAGCCUCGUAAAUCACGGAGGCUGCGAGGAUCGACAGAGUUCUGGCAGCGUCCCGACGCGGAUCUCCGCGGGCGUCGCGACGCUCGGUAAAGUUAUUUCGAAGAUAGUGGGGCAUCGCUCUAUUUCGGUCGUGCUAGCCAGGGCCGUUCAGUCUGCGGCCCAGCUUCCUUACCAGGAGGCUGCAAAUCCGUAAUUCACACUUCGAUUCGUCCCCUUUCGUGCCCAGGAAACUGUCGAAAAAUGGCCGGGAGAUAAGCACGAACGGGUUUCCUCGAAUGCGAACGCUCGCGCAGUUUCACAAGACACUUCCGGUUGCGAGAGAAAGAGAGAGAGAAAGGGAGAGGAAGAUAAAGCCCGGUGUGAACGGAAGCGCCAGCUGGCUACGAUUAUUUCUUCCGGAAUGAUCUCGAAUUUAAUGUGGACUCGAAGAGAACAGUGUCGCUUGGUUUCGCUUGGUCACGGGCACACAAAAGUGAGAAUUUAAUAUUAGUUUCAUAAUAAUGACUUCACUAAAUGCUUUUAAGUAAAACCGGACGACUAUUGAAAAUCCAAUAACGGAAGGAAUUUGCAUCGUGGACACGUUAAAGGAUACGAGCUGUUUGUAGUUAAGAACCCGAGAGAUCUUGACGGAUUCUGUGUCGAUUUUCUGUGAGUCAUCGGGCAAAAAUUAAGAUGUUUUGGAUCGAGACGGAUGAGGAGGAGGAGGCGUUGCUAUGCAGCCCCGCUCUGAUGGCAAGGCGCGCCUCGGAGUCCUGGAUCGUCGCACCUCCCGUGGAGGCGAUGCCGGUGGCGGCAAUGCCCCUUCAACGAAAGAAGUCGCUGCCGGACGUGGCGCAGCCGAUCCAACUUACGGCCACUGCGCCAUUGUCGAGGGAAGAAGUCAGUAUCCUGAGCAGCAUGAGGCGGGAGGAGAUCCGCAGGCAGAUCGACGAGAGCGAGAGGCUCAGGGCAAACCCGCUUUUGUACCUGGUCAGUCCGCAGGUUAAAGACUGGUUCUCCCGCCAGCAGCUCGUGAUGCUGGUGCUCUUUAUCAACAUAUCCCUAGCUUUGAUGUUCUUCAAGCUGCUGACGUAGCAGCCAGCCGACGAUCGGGUUCACGGACUCGUGAACGUGGACGUGACCUGAGACCCGGCGGCAUCGCGACGCCUUGAGUCGUCACCGAGCCAGAAUUUCGACAGGAAACGACGGAGGGUGUGGCCGCACCAAGAAUCGCCGGGAACGACUUUCACGAGCGAUUCACUCGGUCUUAUGCGCUGCAGGCGCUACGCGAGGAGGAAUAUUUGGAUCGGAACCGAUGCGAAGAGGACACUCGAAGGGGAUUAGCCUCACAGCGAGGAUUUUGUUGCACGAGAGCGACUUUAGUCGAAUUUCGAGCGAUCGCAAGAAUCUAGAUAGUCCCGAGGAAACGGAGAGAAACGGGACAUCGGGACGAGAAUGUCUUUCCGAAGUAUCGCAGGGAUAUACGACGAUUUAUCUUUGAAUAUUGUAAAUUAAAAAGGAUUUAAGCGUCAAAAAGAAAGAGAAAGAGAGGACAAGGAUGUAUUUUAAAAGAGUUUGUUGAUGACGAUUACAUUCUCGAUUUGCUGAGUGACGAAGUUUUCUGAUAAAGUUGAUUUUGAAAAUUUGUCGCUUAGAUCCUUUUCAAUUGGCAGGCUAAUGUUUAUUGGGCAAGAAUUUUUGAGGAAAAAAAAAGCGAUGAAUCUCCUGGACGCAAUUUGUCGUUCGCGCGGGAAGGAGACAUCGACACGUCUUUUGGAAACGGGGACCGCGUUGCGCGCUCCCGACGCCUGUGUAUCAUACCUAUUUUUACACCAAAUACUUUAAUAACGCUACUUGUAAGAGUAGGUCGAGUCCUCUCGGGCGGGCCGCCGAUCGAUCGUACCCGACAUACGAAUCCUUCUUCUCUAGUCAUAAUUUUUUCUUUUUUGACGAUCGGCUCGAGCGCAGCAACGGCGACGGUCGAACUUGAACAAUUUUCGAACAGCCGGAUGCCGAGCAUCUCUAAUUAAGGCUAACGCUGUUCAAUCCGAAGCAGCAUUCAAGAUCGAGCAGAAUCCAAAUCUUGCCCGAUCCUGGCAAUUUUCGUAAGAAUAGCGAUUGUUAUUUAGCGAUGAUCGUAAUUGUAGCCGUGGUGCCGACGCGCGCGACGUAAAAAAUAGAUUUGUUGAGGCGUAUUCGAGCAUUUAUAGCGUUCCGCAACGAUAAUCGUAAAUUUGUAAGUCGUAAGGUUUACUAUAGGCAGAAGAGACACGUAGAAAAAUUUUCCUCGAGCAGUCCUCGAACUUUUACGAGCCCCGCGGGAUUAUAGUUACAAUUACCAUCGUUAAAUAUUCAGAUCUGAAUUCAUUGAACUAUGUUUCUCGUUUAAAUUGCAAAGUUCCCCGAUGUGUCGACCCGGACGUGAGACGUGUAAGUGCAAGUUAAAAAAUAUUUUCGCUAAUACUUCGCUAAUAUUCGUGAAAGAUCGAAGGUUGAUCGCGUAGUUGUUAUUCGACGGAGAAUCGACGUUGUUUUCUUUGAAGCGCUUUACAUUCUGCGUCUAAGAAAAAUAUUAGCGCUGAAAUGCGGAUGAGUCACAUCGCAACAAUCGCGUCGCGUUCGUCGCGAUCGCGAUAACGUCGUUCAUCGAGACGCAAAAUCGUAAUCUCUGUACGUAUGUCCAAACAGCAACUCUUAUCGACGAGUGUCUGUCGAGCGUCGAAAUUAGAAGCGGAUUAAACAUGGACUCCGUUAUCUCGCGGACGUCUCGCGGGAGGAGAGGAUCGUCCCAUGACUAUUAUAUCGAGGCUAUAUAAAACUAUUAUUAAAUGGUCUUUGAUCCACAAUGUCGGCGGUUCGCCGACGUUUUAUCUUGCAAUUUGCGAAAGCGCACAAAUCCCAAGAAUUAUCUCUCGCGUUUUCCCUCUCCCAUGAUUUCGCGACGAUCGGCCUUUCUGCGCUCGAGCGAUCGUAUUUUUCUAGCCUCGAGGGCAUAGCUUGUAUAUCUCUAGAUAAAUUUGUAAAUAAUCGUGUAAACGCGUCGAUUGUGAUUGCAGACUUUGUUCGCUAUGUGAUACCGUUCUCACGCGCGCGCGCGCUCUCAAAUACGAGUUUGGCCGGAAAGCGAGGAUCGGCGAAAGUCGAGGUCAUCUUUCAACUCGAAGGAUCUCGCUCUUUUUCAUAGCGAAACUAAGCUUCUCUCCUAUUCCUCCGCUUUAACAGUGCCAAUGACGUAGCCAGUGUGACUUCCGCGAGGAUAAAUUUGAUCGAUGACGUAAGCAUUCGCGUUCAAAUUAUGCUGCGAAUCCGGAAAUCUUGGUUCAGGCGCGAGCACGCGAUGCGUCGUGACUCGAAGGUAAUACAGCAUUCUAUCGAGAUGCAGCAGGUACGAUAUUUUCCAUAUUGAAGCUGCGAAGAGCACAAAGGGAGAUUACUCUUGUCCGCCAUUUCUUGCCGGACAAACCCGUUUACAAGAUUGUCAGAUUCGUAAUGCUGAGUUUACGCCUGGCAUCUGGCAUAUUUCGCGACGUUUGUGCCUGUCAGUAACGCCGUUGUUUCGACAUUGAAAAAUUUUUCUCAGAAAUGUCAAACGUAAAGCCAGCAUGACCAAAAAACGAGCGUGAGUAUCCUUUAAGGAGAACAGGGUCACGUAGAGGAAGAAACCGGAAGAAGGACGCGUAGAGAUGCGGGAUAAGUUGAAUGUUCCGGCUUAGAAGGAAGACCGACGGCUUUUUGUCACGAGGUGCAUUCGCAUAGAUAAUAUUAUACUUAUUACGCACACUCGCCGUUGCGGGUCAUGUACUGUAUAUAUAUAUAUAUAUAUAUUGCUAUUAUACAUAAUAAAAAAUUUAUUAGUUAGUUACCGGAGAGAAACUAGAGAAGAUUUGAUAUUGAAUAACGUUGGGAGAAAGCAUCCAUCGGGAACAGGAAAAAAGGGUCGGGUAAUUUUUGUUCCGAACAAGCCAUAUCAUCUAAUCAAAGCAAAUUUCACAUUGUUUUAUUUAUCACAUUGAUUUCGUAAUUCUUUUGCGAUGCGAUAUCAUAAUAUGUAUAUAUUAUGAUUACGUACAUAUAUACGUAAGAGCAUGUAUAUAUUUUACUUCAUAUCUCUUGACUAUUAUCACAAUUAGCGCGCAAUAUCCCGUUAUUACUGUAUAUUAUUAUCAUUACUAUUAUUAUAUUAUUAAUUAUUAUUUGGAUUAUUAUUACACUAUUAGUAUUAUUAUUAUUAUUGUUGUUAUUAUUAUCGUCGUCAUAUCACCAUCAUGCCGGAUACUAAAUGCGAAUAUUUAAAACGACACGUGGACGUGGGAGAAAUUUUGGUACUUUGGAAAAUAUGCGACACUGGAACCUGAGGCCCGUUGCCAUUGUUAAUUUGCGCAAACAGUGAUUCAAUAAACUUGUAUCAUAACUGAUAAA